CCCCUCUCCCGCCUCCCCCCACGGCACAAACGGGCAAAGCGCCGCGCGCACUUCAGUCGCCCGCCGGCCGCCGAAACGGCAACAAGGUCUUAACAAUCCUGUAACAGUUCAUCCCGAUCAUCCGCCCCAGACGUUGUGCAGUGACCGAGUUGGAACGAACGCUGUGAUUCUGUUUUCAGUGUUGAAACGUGCGUUUCGUUUGUGAACGGUGAACGUAUUUGUGUUGGUGCAUUAUGAAGUUGUACAUUACGUUAUGAAUGGUCUAGAACGUUGCUUCUUCGAUCAACGUGAGUCGCAACACAAUGGAGAUGGCUGCGGUUAUAGCUAUAUAAGCCUGGGCCGACUGCAGCCUUACGGCUCGGGCAGCGGCUCCAGUAGCGGCAGCGGGCGGCGCCGAGGCCGCGCGCGCGGCUUGCCUCCCUCGCCCCCCUCGCCCGCCGCGCCCGCCACGCCUACCUCGGCCUCAGACAACGCCUCUGACGCUACGCUCACUGACUCAGAACUGCCUCUCGCCAGGGAUUCCACUCUGCUUGUACAUAACGGCAUGCUGAGAUCUACAUUCGACCGGCCGGAUCACGAACGUGAGUACAUUACAAAUGAAAAACUACCUUAA